GUCAGAUGUACAGUUGCCUGCACUGAGGAUUGCAGUUCAAAAAAUGUAACUGCAGAAACGGGAACCAGCAGUAACGAUAGUUUAUCUGUGAACUCUACAAGUGGGAACAAAAGCUCUGGAGGUGGAAGGUUGUCCAGGAAUGUGUCACUAUCUGACAGUGCAAUAAGUGAUGAGAACAAUGUAACAUACCCCUUCCCAUUUCUGGCUCUCAAGGUAGAACAUGUUGGCGUGACUUCUGUCAGCUUAACGUGGGCAGUGAAUGACACUGCUUCCAACUCCUACACGUACAGGAUAGAGGUUGUAAAUGGUAACUCUACUUGGAGCCUGACGUCCAAUGUCACCCAAACUGAAAUCACGGAGUUAAUCCCUGGGACGUUGUAUAAUUUCACGGUAUUUGCAGUAGUGAAUGAUAAUGAGACAGAAGGAGAAGGCGUGUCCAUCAGCCUGUAUACAAAGCCCAGCCCAGUUCUCAAUCUCAAGGCAGAACAUGUUGGUGUGACUUCUGUCAACUUAACAUGGGCCGUGAGUGAUGCUGCUUCCAACUCCUACACGUACAGGAUAGAGGUUGUGAAUGGUACCUCUGUUAGGAACCUGACGUCCAAUGUCACCAGAGUCGAAAUCACGGAGUUAACCCCUGGGACGAUGUACGAGUUCACAGUAUUUGCAGUGGCAGCUGAUGGUCACACGGAAGGGGGGGGCAUGUCCAUGAGCCUGUACACAAAGCCCAGCCCAGUUCUCAAUCUCAAGGCAGAACAUGUUGGUGUGACUUCUGUCAACUUAACAUGGGCCGUGAGUGAUACUGCUUCCAACUCCUACACGUACAGGAUAGAGGUUGUGAAUGGUACCUCUGUUAGGAACCUGACGUCCAAUGUCACCAGAGUUGAAAUCACUGAGUUAGUCCCUGGGACGUUGCAUAAUUUCACAGUAUUUGCAGCAGUGAAUGACAGUCAGACGGAAGGGGAAGGCGUGUCCACCAGCCUGUAUACGAAGCCCAGCCCAGUUCUUGAUCUCAAGGCAGAACAUGUUGGUGUGACUUCUGUCAACUUAACAUGGGCCGUGAGCGAUGCUGCUUCCAACUCCUACACGUACAGGAUAGAGGUUGUGAAUGGUACCUCUGUUAGGAACCUGACGUCCAAUGUCACCAGAGUUGAAAUCACGGAGUUAACCCCUGGGACGAUGUACGAGUUCACAGUAUUUGCAGUGGCAGCUGAUGGUCACACGGAAGGGGGAGGCGUGUCCAUGAGCCUGUACACAAAGCCCAGCCCAGUUCUCAAUCUCAAGGCAGAACAUGUUGGUGUGACUUCUGUCAACUUAACAUGGGCUGUGAGUGAUGCUGCUUCCAACUCCUACACGUACAGGAUAGAGGUUGUGAAUGGUACCUCUGUUAGGAACCUGACGUCCAGUGUCACCAGAGUUGAAAUCACGGAGUUAACCCCUGGGACGAUGUACGAGUUCACAGUAUUUGCAGUGGCAGCUGAUGGUCACACGGAAGGGGGAGGCGUGUCCAUGAGCCUGUACACAAAGCCCAGCCCAGUUCUCAAUCUCAAGGUGGACUACGUUGGUGCUGAGAAAGUCAACUUAACAUGGGCAGUGAGCGAUGCUGCUUCCAACUCCUACACGUACAGGAUAGAGGUUGUGAAUGGUACCUCUGUUAGGAACCUGACGUCCAAUGUCACCAGAGUCGAAAUUACUGAGUUAAUUCCUGGAACACUGUAUAAUUUCACAGUAUUUGCAGUAGCAGCUGAUGGUCACACAGAAGGAGAAGGAGUGUCCAUAAGGCUGUAUACAAAGCCCAGCCCAGUUCUCAAUCUCAAGGCAGAACAUGUUGGUGUGACUUCUGUCAACUUAACAUGGGCCGUGAGUGAUGCUGCUUCCAACUCCUACACGUACAGGAUAGAGGUUGUGAAUGGUACCUCUGUUAGGAACCUGAUGUCCAGUGUCACCCAAACUGAAAUCACGGAGUUAACCCCUGGGACGAUGUACGAGUUCACAGUAUUUGCAGUGGCAGCUGAUGGUCACACGGAAGGGGGAGGCGUGUCCAUGAGCCUGUACACAAUUCCUGCCUUAGUGAAUUCAUUUGGGUGUGAACCAGUGGCCAAGCAGUCUUCCCUAAUGCUAAAGUGGAAAUGUCCUUCUGGUAACAAUUCUGCCUUCAAAAUUAAAAUACGGAAAGGUACAUGGGAAAAAGAAGAACGAGCUCCAUCCUGCAUGAGAGAAGGCUCAGAGGAAACUUUCAGAACAGCACCUUUAUAUUAUUUCAGCACCUAUAAUGUUUCUAUUGCAACUGUUUCAAAUAGUUCUGAAAGCCCUUCAGUGGAGAAAAUAUGUACUACAAGCAUUACUGACCCACCUGCUCCAAGCAACGCUCCUUUAGUCAAGGCAGUCAGUCAUAGCUCGUUGUCUGUUGAAUUCUCUGAUUUUGAGUCAGUGAAUGGACCGUUAAAAGCCUAUGCAGUCAUGCUCACAACAGAAGAACACGGUUGUGAGUCUUUGAAGUCUAAAUUGAACAACACGUACAAAGAUUUCAAGAAGAAGACGACAGUCACCUAUGUAACAUAUGUCAUAGAUACAGAGCAGGCAAAAUCACCUUCUUUCCAUUCUCAGAACGAUAUAAACAUCGUUAACGUGGGCAAGGGCAACACCAUGUAUGGCUAUGAAAAUGGACCAUUGAUUCCACUUCGUUCAUACAGGGCAAGUGUUGCAGGUUUCACUAAUAUAACCUUUACUAUGGCCAACAUCAUUGUGGGAGAAGAUAGUUACGUAUCGUUUUCACCCUGUUCUGAGGCGGUUUUGCUACCCCAGGAUCCAGGUGUUAUUGCAGGAGCAGUUAUUGGAUGCCUUUUGGCUCUAGUGGCUGUAGUCGCUAUAGGGGGUUUCAUCUUCUGGAGAAGGAGAAGGAAAGAUAAAAGAAAUACUGAAGUGUCCUUUUCUCCAAUUAAAGUCAAGAAAUCAAAAAUGAUUAAAGUGGAAAACUUUGAGUCCUACUUUAAGAAGCAGCAAGCUGACUCCAACUGCGGUUUUGCUGAAGAGUAUGAGGAACUCAAGUCUGCUGGUGUUCAUCAGCCCAAAUUUGCUGCUGAACUUGCUGAGAACAGGGGAAAAAAUAGAUACAACAAUGUCUUACCAUAUGAUAUUUCUCGUGUUAAACUUUCAGAUCAAAACUCUGCAACUGAUGAUUAUAUUAAUGCGAGCUAUAUGCCUGGCUAUAACUCAAAGAAGGCAUUUAUUGCUGCACAGGGCCCUUUACCCAAUACUAUAGAAGAUUUCUGGCGCAUGAUUUGGGAGAAGAAUAUCUACUCUAUUGUUAUGUUGACAAAAUGUGUUGAACAAGCCCGGACAAAAUGUGAGCAAUAUUGGCCAGACAAACAAUCUAAGAGCUAUGGGGACAUCAUUGUGACAAUGGUCUCGGAGAUCGUCCUUCCAGAAUGGACAAUAAGGGACUUCACUGUAGAAAAGUCCAACACACCUGAGAGCCAUGCGGUGCGCCAGUUCCAUUUCACCUCUUGGCCAGAUCACGGAGUGCCGGAGACAACAGACCUUCUCAUCAACUUCAGACACCUUGUUCACGAGUACAGCAGUCAAAAUCCAAUCGACUCUCCUACUCUGGUGCACUGCAGUGCUGGUGUCGGGAGGACGGGGACCUUCAUUGCCAUCGACCGCCUGAUUCAGCAGAUUGAAAUGGAGAACACUGUGGAUGUGUACGGAGUGGUGUAUGAUCUUCGCAUGCACCGGCCCUUAAUGGUGCAGACUGAGGACCAGUACGUCUUCCUAAACCAGUGUGUUAUGGAUAUUAUUAGAUCCCAGAAAGACAAGAAAACUGAUCUUAUUUACCAAAACAUGACAGCAAUGGCAAUCUAUGAAAACUUCACACCUGGACCAGGCUUGGGGAAGGCUAAUGGCUACCACGCCUAGGCUGGAAGGAACGCCGUGUCUCCAGGGGGUGUUGCCUGCGCAUAGCAAAGGGAGAUGAUGUUCUACUCAUGUUUUCCGGGAUUGUGUGCAGUGUCUCACAUCUGGCUUUUCCAGUUCUGUCCACAUUUGAAGAAGUGAUCUACAGGAAGAAAAACACAACACUGGCAGGAGCUGCAGGUUGAUAUUUAAAAAAAAAAAACCCAACCAACAAACAAACCACCAAGCAAAACU